GUACUGAAUGAUGCCUGGCGUUCAACAGAGAAUACAGAUUAUUCAGCCUUACACUGUGACCGAAACAUUGCCUGGAGUGGUUGGUAUCGCUUUUACUUGGGUCAGACCAGCGCUCAGAUUCCAGAGAAAUGCAUAGCAGAAAGAAGAUGUGGAACUCAUGCUCCUUUGUGGAUAAAUGGGACUCAUCCAGUCCAGCUUAAUGAAAUCGUAACUCGCAGUGUGUGUAACUCUUGGUCGGGUUCCUGCUGCCUUUUUCCCUCA